AUGGCAUCAUCCAGAGUGGGGCAUGAUGUUAUAGAGGAGGCAGCAACAGCGUUUGUGCACGAGCCGUCGGCUCGGCUUGCCUGCCCUAUCUGCACAGAGACGCUCCGUGCGCCUGCCCUCACUCCCUGCCGGCACACCUUCUGCACCCACUGCAUCUUUCAGGCCGUGGCCCUCAAGCCCGAGUGUCCGCUCUGCCGCGCCGUCCUCGGCUCAGACGACAUCCAUCCAAACCUCCUUGUCCAGGAUCUGCUCGACGAGAUGGAUGUGUACUGCCCGUUCCGCUCUGCCGGUUGCACAGCCAUCUUCCCGCUGGCAGAGCUCGAGGCCCAUCGAGUGGCCUGCGCCUCGCGCCCGGCCCGCUGUCCCUUCCGCAAGCACGGCUGUGCCUAUGCUGCUACUUGGGACGCUGUCAACGCCCAUACGGCGCCCGAUGGCGACUGCCCGUACGCCAAGGUCACCACCUUUAUCAGCGAGACCUGCUCCAAGAUCGAGGUGCUCGAAGACGCGCUCGCCCGCAAGUCCGAAGAGGUCGACGCCCUCCGCGCCGCACUGUUGGCGCUGGCCAGUGCCGACGCUGCCGGUCCGGUGGCGAGCAUUGCGCCGGAGCUCCGGGCGCUGCUGGAAGAGAAUCUUCCGGAGCCGAUCGCCACCCGCCUCGGCCUUGGCCAGUCGGCGAGUGUUUGUGCCGGCGCAUCCGCAAGUGCCGCCGUGGCUGACGAACCCGAGCCUGGCACGCCAUCGCUGAGAUCGCGCGCGUUGUCGGCCACGGCUGGCCUUGAGGUGUGGAGCCCGACGCGGCUCGAGUGUGCACGGACGCUCAAGGGCCACACUUCGGGUGUGACUGCACUCUGCGUCGGCUCGGCCUACCUUUACUCGGGCUCGCAGGACACCACCAUCCGUGUCUGGUCGCUCGAGACCUUUGAGUGUCUUGCCGUCCUGCAAGGCCAUGCUUACACGGUGUGGGCCCUGGAGGAGGCCUUUGUCCCGGUCCCCGACGAGGUCUACUCGGACUACGACGACGACUCGGACGCACCGCACGUCUCGCGCCGCCUCUUCUCGGCAUCGUCCGACUUUAGCAUCCUGGUCUGGGUCGCGUCGCCGGCGGCCUCGUCUGCUCCGCACUUUGAGCGCGUCGGCAAGCUUGAGGUCCACACCGCCAAGAUCUACGCCCUCCGUUACGAGCCGCUGGCUAAUGUCCUCAUCUCUGGCGACGCUUCGGGCACACUCUGCUUCACCCACGCCUGGUCGCUUGCUGUUCUCGCCUCGGUCAAAAUCCGUGACGCCGGCAUCUCGGCCCUCACCCGUGCCGGCGAUCUGCUCUACAUCGCUUCGGACGACGGCACUGUAUCGCUUCUGGACAUCAGCCGCUUGCUGGCGCCGCUGGCCGAUGUGAGCAACCUCGAGCUUCCCGAGCCGGUUGUCGUUGUCCAGGCCGAGUCCAAGAUCCUGGCUCUCGCCCUCGCCGGCGACUAUCUCUUUGCCUCGUGCUCCUACACCAUUGGUGUUUACAAUAUGGCUCGUGAGUACGAGUUUGAAGGCGUGCUCAAGGGCCAUCGCUGGCCGGUGUGGCAAAUGGAGGUCGUGACGUCGAGCGCCAACACCUGGCUUGUCUCAGCCUCGUUUGACCACCGCAUCAUGAUCUGGGCCGUGGAUCCGGACCACUGCGUCCGCACCCUCGACGCUCACCAUGGCUACAUCCACGCCCUUGCCCAGCGGCCGGCGGCUUCUGCCGAUCCGCGCCACAUCCUAGCCUCGGGCUCGGGUGAUCGCACCAUCCGGGUCUGGAUACCUGUGGUUGCUCCGCCACCCGCCGCGUCGUCAUCGUCGCCGUAGCGCGCUGGUUUUUAACCCCACUGGGUUUUGGCAACAUAAAAAUUGCGCCCACGCCA